GUCCCUUUUCCGCGCCUGACGUGCAUGAGCCACCACAACCGGAGAACCCAUGCUGGCUCCUUGCUUCAUCUUGUGAUUUGCUUUUUGUAGCGCAUCGACGAGUCAUAUUGCUCUCGUUGCGCUUUUUUCUAGAGAUCUUAUUUCGCCAUGUCGGCAAGACCGUCGCGGCGGGCUGCAGCUCGGCGCCAAACAAUUGUCGAAUCUUCAGACGAGGGGGGUUCAGACGCGCCCCAGGUUGCGGAGGAUAGUGAAGAUGAAUUUACACCUGCCCCAGCUCCCACGCCACGACGCGCGACCCAGAGCAGGCGGAGGACAAUGGCUGAAAUGACGCCGACACCAACCCCGGCACCGCCCCCUAAGCGCCGUGGACGCCCACCUAAGAAGAGCGCCGCUGCUCCUUCUUCCGUCGCCGAGUCAAGCGAAGUGCUCGAAGCUGAUCAGACAGCUACAACCGGGACGACAUCAACGACAGCAGCCGCGGAGGAAGAAGACGCACCGCCUCCCAAGCGCCGUGGACGGCCGGCUAAGAGGAGCGCCGCUGCUCCCUCUGCUCCCCCUUCCAUUGUCGAGCCCAGCGAGGUGCUGGAUCCCGAUCAGACAGCAACCGCCGAGACGACGGCAGCACCGGACAACGAGGUUACACCAGUCAAGAAGCCUGCCCGGGGCGGGCGAAAGAGUGUCGCACCAAGGGCCAGCAAGUCGGCGACUCCCGAACUAGAGCCGCCGCAGGUGAAGCAGCCUCUGUCGUCGCCAGGCACCGCGGAGCUUCAUAGUGUUCCGUUUGCCGACAUUACAACCGCCACUGUCAAUGAGCAGCGCCGGCAAGAAGAUGAGACGGUCCUGGCAGCCGCAACCAAGCCCGUAAAUGCCAUGGAGACCAUCCUCGAGAAGCCCAUGGACAUCAUGCUUAAAUCGCGCACCAUGGCCAUGCCAAAAGUCGAGGAUACUGGACCGAAGCCGCGCCUUGUCAUCACUUACCUUAUACUCACUAAUUUCAAGAGUUACGCUGGCCGGCAGGAGGUUGGACCUUUCCACGCGUCCUUCUCUUCGGUCGUUGGUCCAAAUGGUUCCGGCAAGUCCAACGUCAUCGACUCCUUGCUCUUCGUCUUUGGUUUCCGAGCCAGCAAGAUGAGACAGGGCAAGAUCUCUGCGCUGAUCCACAAUUCGGCCCAAUAUCCGAACUUGGACUACUGCGAAGUCGCCGUGCACUUCCGGGAGGUCAUGGACCUGCCCGGUGGCGGCCACGAGGUCAUCCCGGAUUCGGAUCUGGUCAUCUCACGCAAAGCAUUUAAGAACAACUCAAGCCAAUACUACAUCAAUGACAAGUCGUCCAACUUCACGACGGUAACGACCUUGUUGCGUGACCGCGGUAUUGAUUUGGACCACAAACGGUUCUUGAUUCUGCAGGGCGAGGUCGAGUCUAUUGCUCAGAUGAAGCCAAAGGCCGCCAAUGAACACGAGGAUGGCCUACUCGAGUAUCUGGAGGAUAUCAUCGGCACCUCCAAGUACAAGACCCCAAUCGAAGAGGCGGCCGCCGAGGUUGAGACGCUGAACGAGAUCUGUCUGGAAAAGAGUGGGCGCGUGCAGCAUGUGGAGAAAGAGAAGAACAGCCUCGAGGACAAGAAGGAGAAGGCGCUGGCUUUUGUUCGCGACGAAAACGAGCUUGCCAUGAAGCAGUCAGCCCUGUACCAGCUCUACAUCAGCGAAUGCGAUGACAAUAUCGCUGUCACGGAGGAGGCUAUCGGUCAGAUGCAAGCGCAGCUCGAUGCCGAGCUCGAAAAGCACCACGGCAGUGAGCAGGUCAUCAAGCAGCUCGAAAAGGCCUACUCGAAAGGAAGCAAGGAGUAUGAGGCUCAAGAGAAGGAGGCGCAGGCCUUGAUCAAGGAGAUGACCAAGUUCGACCAGGAGCGCGUCAAAUUCGAUGAGAAGCGCAAAUUUCUUGCAGACAAGCGGAAGAAGCUGGAGAAGACCAUCGCCAACGCCGAGGGCUCCGCUUUCGAGGCAGAACAGACUAUUGAACAGUGCACCCACGAAAUCGAGACUCGUACUCAAGAGAUUGCCGAACUUGAACAGCAAGUCAAGGAGGAAGAAGUGGAGCUGGCCAACAUCCGCGACAGCCUGAAGGGCAAGACACAGCAUCUUUCUGAUCAGAUUGCUGCGAAGCAAAAGUCUCUCGAGCCAUGGAAGGAGAAGAUCAAUCAGAAGCAAUCCGCCAUUGCUGUUGCCGAGAGUGAGAUGGCCAUUCUGCGAGAGAAGGCCAACGCCGGCACGGUCGCUCUCCAUGAGCUACGGGCCAAGAUUGCUGCCAUCGAAGAGAGUCAGGCGGCAAAGGCGGAAGAGCUCAAGCAGUGCCAGGCUGACAAGGCUGCCCUGCAGAAGGAGGGCAGGAGAGCCGUCGCCGAAUUGGAGAAGCUCUCAGAGGAAGAGCCGAAGCUCCGCGCGAAGCUAUCGAAUGCCCGGCAGAAAGCGGACGAGGCGAGGUCGAGCCUUUCCGCUACCCAAACGCAGGGCAACGUCCUCACGGCCUUGAUGCGCAUGAAGGAAUCGGGCCGUAUCGAAGGGUUCCAUGGCCGCCUUGGCAACCUGGGUACCAUCGAUCAGAUGUACGACGUUGCCAUCUCGACAGCUUGUGGUCAGCUUGACAACUUUGUCACGGACACCGUCGAGGCUGGCCAGCAGUGCAUUGAAUACUUGAGGAAGACCAACCUCGGCCGCGGCAACUUCAUCUGCCUCGACAAGCUCAGAGUCCGUGACCUAUCCCCUAUCCAGACCCCCGAGAAUGCCCCGCGUCUUUUCGAUCUUGUCAAGCCCAAAGAUGACAAGUUCCGGCCAGCCUUUUACCAUGCUCUCCAGGACACGCUAGUGGCCAAGGACUUAGCGCAGGCGAACCGCAUCGCCUACGGUGCUAAGAGGUGGCGCGUCGUUACCCUUGCCGGUGAGCUGAUUGACAAGUCGGGUACCAUGUCGGGUGGCGGUACCACGGUCAAGAAGGGACUCAUGUCCUCCAAGCUCGUAGCCGAUACCACCAAGGAGCAGGUCUCCAAGCUGGAAGCGGACCGGGAUUCAUUGGAGCAAACGUUCCAGGAGUUUCAGGAGCGCCAGCGAGAACUCGAGGCUCGCAUUCGGUCUCUCAAAGAGCAGAUCCCGGAGCUUGACACCAGGAUGCAAAAGAUUAAUCUGGAGGUGGAGAGCUCGCAGAGAAAUCUCGCCGAUGCCCACCGCAGAGUCAAGGAACUUAGCCGCGAGCAUCAGCCUUCCAAGACCGACGACAGCCGCGUUGUUACGCUCGAGAAGGAGAUUGCUAAGCUCAACAGGGAGAUCGAGAAACUCCACGGCGAGACGUCAAGUGUGGAGGACGAGAUCAAGACGCUCCAGGACAAGAUCAUGGAAGUUGGCGGCGAGAAGCUCCGCACCCAGAGGGCCAAGGUGGAUGCGCUCAAGGAGGAGAUUUCCUCGCAGAACGAGGAAAUGUCCAACGCCGAGGUCCGUAAGGCGAAGGCGGAGAAGCAAAAGGUGAAGCUCGCCAAAGACCACGCAAAGGCUUCCAAGGAGCUCGAAGCAGCCAUCCAUGAAUCCGAGAAGCUCGAGGAUGAGAUCCAAAACCAAGGAGAUAAAGCUGGAGACUUCAAGACCAGAGUCGAAGAGGCGAAGAAGGCCCUGACAGCUAAGAAGGAGGAGCUGGCCGAGGUGAAAUCGGAACUUGACGAGAAGACGGCCGAGCUCAACGAAACCCGCGCAGCUGAGAUUGAGAUGCGGAAUAAGCUCGAGGAGAACCAAAAGGUCCUUGCGGACAACCAGAGGAAACGGUACCAUUGGGAGGAGAAGCUGUCGAAAUUGACACUCCAAAACAUCGCUGAUCUAGAGAGCGCGGGCAGCUCCGCACCUCCUGCGGCGGCUCCCCAAGCUGCUCAGGACGAAGAUGAGGACGUCGAGAUGGGUGAUGCCGACUCCCAAUUACAAGCAGAGGCUGAGGCCGAGGACGUCACCAUGACGCAGUUCACCCACGACCAUCGCCGAUCUGCACCUUUAGAACUCCCACGGUACAGUAAGGACGAGCUUGCGGACAUGAACAAGAAGAACCUCCUGGGCGAGAUUGCCGCGCUCGAGGAGAAGACACAAAAUGUCAACGUCGACCUGGGCGUGCUUGCCGAGUACCGCCGUCGCGUGGAAGAGCACGCCGCCCGGUCAUCGGAUCUUGCAAGCGCCGUCGCGCAGCGUGAUGCGGCCAAGAAGCGGUGCGACGAUCUCCGGAGGUUGCGCCUGGAAGGCUUUAUGGAAGGCUUCAGCACCAUCUCGCUGCGGCUCAAGGAGAUGUAUCAGAUGAUCACUAUGGGCGGCAACGCCGAGCUGGAGCUGGUGGAUUCGCUCGACCCGUUCAGCGAGGGCAUUCUAUUCAGCGUCAUGCCGCCCAAGAAGUCCUGGAAGAACAUCAGUAACCUGUCCGGUGGCGAGAAGACGCUGAGCUCGCUGGCGCUGGUCUUUGCGUUGCACCAUUACAAGCCGACGCCGCUGUACGUCAUGGACGAGAUCGACGCAGCAUUGGAUUUCAGAAAUGUCUCCAUCGUGGCGAAUUACAUCAAGGAGCGCACCAAGAACGCCCAGUUCAUCGUCAUCUCCCUGCGCAACAACAUGUUUGAGCUUGCCGCGCGCCUCGUCGGCGUCUACAAAGUCAACCAUAUGACCAAGAGUGUGACGAUCGACAAUAAGGAUUAUAUUGUCGGGAGGAACCAACAGCAGCACAAUCAGAUGGGUUCGCAAUUUCAUGGGCGUCAGCAGCACAUGCAACAGGUUCGUCCCUUAGGUUCCAUUCUUCCGCAUCGCCCCAGGUGAUGAUCAAAGGGCCCCUUGCAUGCUUUUCUCUUUGUCUUUCUUUCCCUGGUCAACUUCAAUGAAAGAGACUUUGGGGGAAAACAAAGUGAGAUCUGUGCGGUAUUGUUAAUGCUGAGGGUCUGCUUUAGAGUCUUGCUACUCCUAUGUCGGUUAAACCUCCGCGUAACAUGUUUUGAUGUUCUGGUCUGGGAUAUCUCCGGGAGAGGUGGGAGGGCGAAUAUGUCGGCCGCGUGAUGGGUUUUGGUACAGGGUCCGGGUUUCAUAUAGUCUUUGAAGAAGCAUGAGACGCAAAGGAUGAUGAAGGGUGGUGGAUAGAGGGCAUUGGAUGAUGCCCGAUGCCAGCAAGUAACUGUAUGCCGCUAUGAAAUGCUAUAUGUGUAUGCACUGCUCUGCUCUGGGGCCGAAUGUGUUGUAGUUGCUC